AUAAAAUAGGAAAUUAUUUUAAUGUUUUUUUAACCACUAGAUUUCUCAAUUUCACUCUCACUUCUUUUUUAUUUAACACAAACACACAUUUUGAUUUUUGCCAUUAAAACAUCAUAUCAUUCUCUUACCAGUGUUAAAGUAUCAUGUUAAAUAAUCAUAUUUCACACUAAUUAUUAUUAUCCCUACUAGUUCAUCAUCAUAUAAACUUAUGUACAUAUACAUAUAAAUAUACAAAUAUAUAUAUAUCUGUUGAUGUCAACAGUCACAUUUUGAGGAUAUCAUACAAGUUGAAUAAAAUUGAAUAAAAUGAAUGUUGACGUUAAGGCCAACAAAUUGGAAAUUAAAACAUAUUUAUUUGUAUUAUUUUUUUUCAUCCAAUUACAGAUAGUCAACACAAAAAAUAUCAUUCAGUAACUUGGAAGAAGUUUGUUGUGACAAUUUUAAUGUACACUAAUUUCUUUUUAAUAUCACUGUAAGCAAUUCAAAUGGAUAAACAUUAUUUUACUCAUCAAUGUACAAUGAUUUCAUCAGUUCAUCCACGUAAAUUUGUCAACUGUUGAAUUGUAUUUAACGAAUAGAAGACAUUCAAUCGAUUUACAGAAAAUCAUUCAUUUUUUUUAUCAGCCAUUCACUUUGAAUGGCACUUACAAGUGUUGUACCUUCUUAUACAGUCGGAAUGUCAGGUGAUAUCAUACCAAACAAUAUCGAUAUGAUGCCCUAUUCCACAUUUCACACUGCUUUAUUACCACAUCCAAAUCCAAUGGGACCUGGAAAUGCAGCUAACAUCUCAACAGGUCUAAUGUUGACAGCACAACAACCAACUGGACAAAAUCCUUAUUGUCCACCAAUAACUCUUACCAAUGGUUAUUAUACAAAUGCUAAUUAUGCACAACAUGCAGAGUCAUUUUGUUAUGUACAGCCAAAUGAUACGAAUUCAUUAUUAAAUGCAUAUCAUACAUAUCCUACAUCAGUUAAUUUACCAAUACAAGCAACACAUAUCACAUGUGAUAAAUUGUAUACAUCUAGUAAUUAUAUCAAUAAUAGUAAUCACAAUCAUAAUAAUAAUAAUAAUAAUGACAAUAAUAAUAUUGCACAAAAUUCAUUACUUCCAACAAUGAAUACAAAUCAUAUUUCAAUAAAUAACAAUUAUCACGAUAAAAAUGGAUUAACCAAUAGAUUAGAAACAAAAUUAAUUGAAAAAUCUCAUUCUCUAUUAGAUGAAUCAUCACAAGGCAUCAAUGAUAAAUCAACCCUCUUAUUAUCAUCAACCGCAUCAACCGCAUCAACAACAGCAACAACCGCACAUGGUGAAAAUGAAACUAUGCCACAGAAUACGUCAUUACUUGUACUGCGACUACUGAUGUCUGGAAAAGAAGUUGGCAGUAUCAUCGGUAAAAGAGGAGAAAAUGUUAGAAAAUACAGAGAAGAAAGCGGAGCCAGAAUCAAUAUAUCUGAUGGGUCUAGUCCGGAAAGAAUUGUUACUAUUACUGGAACAACAGAACAAAUUUACAUUGCAUUUACACUAAUGAGUCGUAAAUUUGAAGAUGAUUUUACACAAGGUUUAUUACGAAUGGGCGAUGAAACAGUCAACUGUCCUCCAGUGACUUUACGUUUAUUGGUUCCAGUAGCUCAAUGCGGUUCAAUAAUUGGUAAAGGCGGAUCCAAGAUCAAAGAUGUUCGUGAGCUAACUGGUGCAUCAAUUCAAGUUGCCAGUGAAGCUUUACCAACAUCCACAGAAAGAACAGUUACAAUAUCAGGUACUGCAGAUGCAAUUUCGAAAUGCAUUCAAUUGUUGUGUGAUAUAUUUUUAGAGUGUCCAAAUAAAGGUCCAGUUAUUCUUUAUCGACCAAAACCUGCAAUUGGUAAUCCAGGAUUAAUAUGUCCUGCCACUACAUUUUCGUCUGGUUUACUUCAUUCAAAUUUGUCUGGGCUUCCACUUCCUGUGUGUGAGAAUUCUCAUGAAUCAGGAUAUAAUAGUACAUCGAUGUUAACAUCACCUUCAUUGUUAUCAAACGAAGUGAACUCUAUCAGUCCAACAUCUUUAAAUAGAACUUAUACAAAUCAAUUUACAGUACCAUCUGGUAUUUUAGCUGGUGGAGUUGGAGUGUCUGGUUCAUGUAGUGUUGGUUGUGGUGUUAAUAAUACAUCGAUUAUAUCAAAUCUUCCUACACCAAAUACAAUACAAUCUCCUUUAACAAUGAUUGGUUCUGGUCGACCAAUUAAUCAAAUGUCAGAUAUUAUUGCAGAUCAAGUUCAUUUGUUUGCUACAUUGAAUCAAUUAGAUUUAGCUAAUUUUCAAUCGUAUUUUUCAUCAAUUUUGGCUCCAUUACAAAAUACUAAUCCUCUUGUAACCGGAAUUCAUUCCAUUGGACAACCUUUAACUAUGCCAGAAAUCGCUCUCACACCCAGUUUACUUGGUUGUUAUCCUACUCCAACAGCUGCUGCUUUACCACUUGUUGGUUCACCAAAUAACUACAUGUUUCCAGCACCUACAGCUCUUCUCAAAAUAUCAAAUAGACUGCCUGAAGAUCAGUUUACAACAUCAACAGCUAACAGUCAUAGUGAUGUAACUAUGAAUCAGUCUGAUAUGUGCAUAAAUAAUAAUAGCAACAAUGCAUCACCAAAUAAUUCAUCCAUUUGUAAUGGUUCAUUACAGAUGGAUUCAAUGAACAAUUAUGCACCACUUUCAAAUUUAAUAGAUCCCAUGAAAUCGAUUCGUGGCUUACAGAAUACAACAUCAUUACUUGGUCUUCCAUCUUUGUCAGCCGGUACAAUUUUAAAUCCACAACAACAAAACACAUUAUUUUCUUUGGCAAAUACAGAAGAAAGUAUUAUUGUCCGAGAAAUGAUUAUUUCUAAUGAUGUGAUCGGUUGUAUUAUUGGACGUGGUGGUACAACAAUCAAUGAAAUUAGAAAUGCAUCUAAAGCACAAAUUAAAAUUUCCAACUGUGAAGAUGGUGCAAAAGAAAGAAAGAUUACAGUUUCAGGAAAGUUGGAUUCAGUGAAUUUAGCUCAAUUCUUAAUAAACAGCAGUAUUGCAAUGCACCAAGAAAUGUGGGCAUUUAAUGUUCGAUUAGCAUCAGCUGCAACUGCUUUAAUGACUAAAAAUAAUUCAGUCAUCAAUUUAUCUAGCAAACAUUGUGAAAAUGACGAUGAAUUAUAUCAAUCUCCAUCUAAUGAUGUUUAUAAUUAUUUUGAUACCAGUUUAUGGAAGUUGAAUAAUCCAAUGAUCAGUACAAACACUUCACAUAUGAACACAUCUUCAAUAGUCCUACUGAAAGAAAAUCUAUCGCCUGAUUUACAUGAACAAACAUUUACUCCAAUCCAGCCGAUAUUUGAAGAUGUCAAUCAACUGAGUUUGAAAUUCAAAUCUAGUCAUCGUUUGAUUAGGCGAUCAAAAAUAAUACCUUACUGAAUUUAAAGAAAACUUAAAUUUUUUUAAAAACAAUUUACAAUGUUCAGUUUUGAUAAUUUGUUAAAUUUGCAUGUUAUGUAAUGAGAAUUGUAUUGCAUCCUGAUUAGAGAUGAUUAGAAUGGACAAUCAAUUGAUAUGAAUAGAUUUUACUGUUUGUAAAUAAAAAUCAUCAUCUGUUUUUUUUUAUACUAAAUUUUUGAAUGUACCUAAUAAUUGUUUUUGUUUAUGCUCAAUUAAAAAACGAUACCAUUAGCAUGAAUGCUGAUUGCAUAUAAUUGUUACUUUAACCUAGAAAAUUGUUAAGAGUUCGUUGAGCUCCUUUACCUGAUAAUAUUAAUGGCAAAAAAGUAUUAUUUCACAGUAAAAGAUAUCCAUUCACUGUUAGUUUGGCAUAUUGAUCUUUCCUUCAUUUGGUGAAAUAAACCAUUGCAAUGGUAAUAAGUGAAACAUAUCACUAUUUUUCAAAAGAGAAAUAGCUAAAUACUGAGUAUUUUUUUGCAAAUAUUGAUCCAGUAAAGAUUAAUUUUUUUUUUCUCAGUGAUAUCAAUUAUUGUCCAUAGUAAUAAUAGUAAUAACAGUUUAUUUGAAAUUAAUCUUAUUGUUUUAUUUUGUAUCACAAAACGAUCGGCAUGAUUGCAACAAUCUGUGUACCUGCAUCUCUAUAUAUAUUUAUAUAUAUAAAGAAUAUCCGCUGAAUUAUUGGCCGGUAUGAUAGCCUUUGUCAACUACUAACAUAUGACAAAAUCUCCGACUAUCAUCUUUUAUUCACAGCAAUUUAUAAAUAUACUCGUAGACAUGCAUAAAUGAAGAUAUUAUUUUCAACAGCACUGACGACUUUGUUUUUUAACAUAACAUAUAUUACUUUAUUCAAGACAACGUAACUAAUUCCAUUCAAAUUAUCAGUUGUAAAACAAAAUUAACAUAAACGCAGCUCUGCACAAUAGUUUCAAAAUAGCGCCAUUAGACAAACAAACAUACAAACUGGUUGUACGAUGUCAUGUCUGUGAAUUUCUUUUCUUCAUGAAUCUGGAUAUUAUUAUAUGAUAAAAACGUUAUAUCAAAUUCAUUGACAUUCAGAUUUAUACAUAAACACUCAACAACAAAAAAAAUAGUAUCUAGACACUUACACAUACUUCUUGUACUUUUUAUUUAAGUGAUUGAAUAGAAUUGAAUAUUAUUCAAUACAAAAAACCGAUAGAGGUGAGGAAAUUUAAAACUAAAGCACAAAGGCGAAUAAUGCAUAAAACCUUUGACUAUUUUUAUGAACUAAAGAAUUCUGUUUUUUGCUUUUUAUUAAUUAUGAUUUAUUGAAAAAGAAACUUUAAAAUUAUUAGUCUUUUAGUUUUAGUGAUCAUACAGGCUGUCAUUAAAAUGUAUAGACAUUGUGAAUGCGAUUCUUUGAUAUACUGAUUGUAAUCAUCAGAAAAAAAACCUGCUUAUCUAUACACAAUCUGUUGAUUGUCACAGUGAUUAAGUGCCUUCUCUUUGUAAUCUCUAUGCAUAAAUAAAAACCAGCAGACAAACAAUUAUCUCCAUAUGGAUCAAACAAAUCAACAUUCAAUAGACUGAUCAUUUUUCUGCAUAACCACUGAUUGGUAAACAUAGCCAAACCAAAAAUGAUCAGUGUUACCAAUAUAAAAUCAGUGAAUAUCAAUGCGUUUGUGAAAAUUAAAUGAAAUGUUGAACUUUUAACUUCAACAAUAACAAGUAUUAUUUUGAUGUUAAAUUUUUAAUUCAAAAUACAUUUAACAAUAAUCAUUAUUAUUUUUCAGAAAAUUAAUAAAUCUAAUUGUUCACAAAUCAAAACAACAUAGAUCAUUUGUUGAUUUCUAGAUUUUUUAUUUCAAAUAAAUAAAUAGAAUGUAAUGUGUUUAUGUUGAAUAUUUUCUUAAU